UCAGUUGAACGUUCUUUGCUGGCGACCGUUGUGUUGCCUGGCUGAGCCAGAUGCGGGUCCUGGCCCGACAGCGCUGCGACGACCGCGCGCGCGAGUUCACAAGAUCGCUCCAGCUGCGAUUAGCAAUGACGGAAGCCGAACGGAGGAGCUUUUUCAACUACACAAGUGCUCGUGCGCCUGGUAAGCGACAAAUAAAGCCAACAGCAGCCGUGCUCGAUCUGGUUUUGCCUAACAACGAAGAUGAGGAGGACGACGAAGAUUUCGUGGCUGACAACGAGAAUGAAUCAAAUGAAGGGUCCGAUUCUGAGGGCAGUGAUUCCGAAGAUUCCGAUGACAGUUCGGGUACUACUUCAUCAAACGCAGAUGAUAAAAGUGUGAAAGAGCACUACGGGAACUCCGUUUCCGAAUUGGUUAGUGUUGCUGUCGAGCAACCGCGCAUCUGUGCUCUCUGCCUCAAUCUGUCGAGUAUAGCAAAUAGCGAAGAGGUCAUGCAGUGUGACAAAUGUGGCCUUACCGUGCAUGACUCUUGCUACAUGUCACUAGACGUUAGUGAAGAUAAUGACAGUACCCAAUCUAGUUCAUCUACGGAACCUUGGUUUUGCGAGCCAUGCAUUUUUGGAUACAAUGAGCCGCCGUACUGCGAAUUAUGUCCCUCCAGAUUAGGAGCUAUGAAAAGAUCAGACGUUGGAGGGCGAUGGGUACAUCUUGUUUGCGCUUUGUAUACUCGAGGCAUAACGUUUGGUGAUAUAGAUCAUCUGACCGCCAUCAGCUGGCAAGAAAUGGAUCACCGCAAUUUUGGGAGAAAGAGCUGCAAUGGUUGUACGGAUGUCCUGGAGGCGCGCUCCGGUGUAACCACUCGCUGUGAACUAGGGAUGUGUAAACAGUAUUAUCACGCGACUUGUGCUCAAAGGUUGGGACUACUAGUAGACCACAGCGAGGGUUACGAUUCUCACCACUCACCUCGGCUUGGUGAUAGUCAAGGAGUGGAACCCCGAUAUAUAAAUUGCAGGCAGCACUCAAACCCCGAUGAAGUACAAGUCAAAAGAGCUGCCGCAGCACGUUUUCUAGCUCAGGAGGAAAGACGACUUACACUGCUUAGAAGAAAAGUGCUUUCGGAAAGGGAAGAGCGCAAGCGACUGAGAGCAAGGCAAAAGUAUGAGAAGCAGUUCCAGUCUCUCGUUGGAGUCACUAUCUGUUUGCCUGAGGCUUUUCAUGAUAAGUUUGAGAAGAAAACCCGCCGUGCUCGUCAUCUGACAACCUCGCCGGAGUUUUUCGAAUGGUUUCAAGAAAAAGCUGAAAUAAGUGGCAUCGAACCGGAGCAAUUCAAAAAGGAGUUUACGCGCGUUUCUGGCGAAUCCAUACCUUUUCUCUCACCCGGAUUUUCGCCGCAGUUCUUUGAGUAUCUGGCUCAUCGCGAGCAGGUCGUUCUUGCUGCCGAAGAAAGGAAGCUGAGGUCUAUUAAUGAUUCGAAGGCAGCCCUGAAAAAACAACUUGAUACACAUAUGACAAAGUUGAAAUUGAAUGAACAGUCAGGACAGCUAGGGAGAGAGCGCAGUGAGCGCAGAAAACAGUUAGCGCUCGCGUUCCAUGCUGCUCUCAUGAAGCUGGGUGCUAAGAAAUUACCGUCUUCCUCGUCAUUUUUCCUCGAAUCCAUAGAGAAAAACGGCAGCAUUGGGAACAACGGUUUUGUCAAGGAUAGGACUGCGGAUACUCCAGACACCCCGGGAAAGCAUAAAAAGGAAAUGUCCAUCAGUGUUUGUAAGGAGUGCGGAAAAAGUAACGAUCAACAUCUGAUUAUCGGCUGUGAUUCUUGUCAUGAGUUUUACCACAUCGGCUGUCUUGACCCACCUCUUGAAAAAGUUCCAAAGAAGGUUAACUGCGAAUGGCACUGCGCAGAUUGUUGUGAGAAUAGUGAUGAAGAAGAUCUUGAGGAAGCUGCUGAGUGCUCAAACGACGGAAUUACAAGUAGAAGGCUGCGCCAGCGCAAUGAAACUGCCAAGGCUCAGCGUCUUGCUGCAGCUGAGGAAGAAAAUCGUGUUUAUCGGGCUGCAAUUUUAGCCCGUAGCAGCGCACAAAAGAGAUCUCUGGAUAGAAAAGAGUCCACUAAGCGCAAUUCUCGUGAGUUCACUAGUCGAUCUCCCACGGACGUAAAAAGACGCAAAUCGGAACCAGCCAAUGGCGAGAAAGUAAAUGGGAUUACGAGCGCUUGUCCAUCCUAUUUAUCCAACGAUGAGGAGCUUGGUGAAGACUGUUUCGUGAUUCUGGAUGACGAUGAGGUGGAGCUAUAAGCUGCCACUUUCCUCUAUAUUCAAAAUAUAUGUUUUUUGCGUAACUAUAUCAGUCUGUGACUUUUUUGCACUACUACUUUUGUAUGUUUUCUUCUUUUUUUCGGCCAAACAGCUAAAAUUUUUGGUAGAGCAUAAAUGGUGUACAAUAUGUACAGAUUUAAACUUUAAUGUAUGCAGAUUUUGUUAUGGCCGUUCCAGCUUCCAGUUGGCAUGCAGCGGAUCCCUGAUCCGCAUCUUUCUGUAACCUUUUUAGGAAUAGGGAUUUGUUGGGUUCUUGGUUCAAAUGGUUUAUAUGGUUGGCUUUCGAAUGUUCUUUCAUUUUAUCCUUUCUUUUUUUUUUCUAUACAAACAAAUUAGUCUUCUAUUCAUUCUU